AUGGGUACUACAAUUUUCAAAUUUACUAAUGUAUCUUGUCUUCUGAUGCAGACUGAGUCGAAUUCACAGAAGCUUGAACACACAAAGCCUUCUAAAUUAGAUGGAGUUGGUCACCUAGAAAAGACCCGAUCUGCCUUUGUUGGUCAGACUUUGGCAGCAGUUGACAUUACAUAUGCAGCCAUCCAAUGUCUGAAGUGUCAUUCAUUUUGCCUAGAGAACAUGCAGGCGAAUGAGUUUAGGACGCAAUUACAGUGCAGAAUUUCGAAAGAAGUCUGUAAAAGCGAAUAUUCACCAUUUGCAAAACUAAUUCGGCAACUGAAUGUGCUGCACCAAGCCGCCUCAUGUUUCAGUCGCUACGAUAUUCAGUUGUCUGAGAACAUAAAAAACGAGAGAUUCAGCUGGGUUCCAGCCACGAACUUUCAGUUGAUCACCACGUUCAUGGACCAAAAGGUUACGCGAGGUGAUUUUGAAGUGAAUGGAAGUCAGUCUACCUUGAAAAACCAAGCGGCACCCAUCAGGUUUGCGAUCCUGCAAACUAAGUCUUUUUUCGUUCUCGCCAAAUACAUGGUAGAACAUCUGAAUGUUCCACUUCGGAUCACUGCUUGUACAACUCCCAAGGAACCUAUUACUAUGAAAAAACUACUCACAAGUUUACUGAAAACUCUUCCACAGUCCACGACCGGUUUCGUCCUUUUUGGGGCUCAUCAGGUAGGCCCAGUCCCCGAGUUUCCAUCAACCUUAUGUUUUACUUGA